CGCUAACUCAAGUACAAGCAUGACAGGAUGUGGUCUGUCAUAGCAGGCCUUCAUUUUCUCAUUUCUCUUGCGAUAGCAUCGAACACCAUCAUACCGUCAUUAACUGGGCCACUUAAUGUUGGGACAACGGUUCUUGAAGUAAUCGACUAUACACGCCAGGAUCCAUGGACACCGAAAACUCAGCCGCGCGACCUUGCAAUUUCUCUGUUUUAUCCAACAAAUGAGACAUAUCCCUCCAACUCGCCAUUUAUGCGGGAGCAUGAAUGCAGACCUGCAGUGCAAUUUCCUCCAGUGGUGGCUUCUUACCUCGAGAACGGCUCCGGAGCUCCAAACGGCAGCCUCCACAAUAUCAUAACUCGCGCAUGUCUUGACGCACCCUUAGCCGACCCGUCCACGCCACUAUUGCUUUUUACUCCCGGACUGGGGUUAUCCAGAUUGUGUUAUAGCGAUACUCUGAUAGAGAUUGCGAGCUACGGUUGGCUCAUAGUGUCUGUUGACCAUCCAUACGAAACCGCAAUCGUCGAAUAUCCUGAUGGAAGAAUUGUAUAUGGACUCCCACUUAAUAGCUCUAACGCAACCAUUGCGAAUGAUGUUGAUAUUCGUACCUCCGACCUUAUAUCUGUCCUCAACGCACUAUCUAACAGCACAAUAACUGAUAAGAUUCCUCACUUCAACGGACAGGGACCCCCUAAACAGAAACUCAAUACAGAGAGAGUGGGAAUAUUCGGUCACUCAUUAGGUGGAGCUACUGCCCUAAGUGUUACAUCCAAUGACACACGUUUUGUCGUCGGGGCGAAUCUGGACGGGAGCUACUGGGGAUCAGAGAAACAGAAGGGUACGGCCGCGCCCUUUAUGACCUUGACUUCGGAAGGUCAUAAUCGUACCGGCGAUCAGACCUGGGCCGAUACAUGGCCUAACCUUCGGGGAUUCAGACGAGAGUAUACGGUCAGCGGCGCCAAGCACAUGGACUUUUCGGAUUUACCCGUGAUCAUAGAGGUAUGGCCUUAUGGUAUUCCUCCGAAGUCUGAGCAAAGCUUAGGCACAAUUAAUGGCACAAGGAUAAUGGAGAUCCAGAGAGCUUAUCUGACGAGCCUUUUUCAACGCUUCCUUAAAGGGGAUAAUAAUGGCCUACUAGAUGGUGUUGGGAUGGAAGGAUGGCCCGAAGUCACAGUCGGAGAGUAAUACCGACAUUAGAGAGUAUUCUUCAGUACCUAUAGUUGAUUAAGCUGAUAGCGGCAGGUUCGGGACGUCCAUGAACGCCGCGAUAUGUAGGUGUUGCUGAUCGACUAUAGAUUAUGAUGCGUCAUAAGAUGCCGUGUGCGCUAAUGAGCCUAUUCAUGAAUGACUCCACUGCUUUUGGAAGGAUCAUGCAUGGAACCAUUACCAAGUUAUUUUCUAAAUGAUGGACGUAUACCUGCCUGCCUAUACUCAAACAACAUGGAAUCUCGUAAGGCUUAGCCUCCCUCCAGAGCCAAUGAUAUUACUAACCAGGAAAUGAAUCCUAUCACUUAUCACAUGCAUGCCAGUACCACGACUUGCAGGAUAUGCACGAAGAUUCCUAUUACUCAGCUAUUCUUAUAG